AUGGCCAAAAGUGUAGCGCAGCAUUUGAACAGGAGCGCUUGUGGCGCUCCAACUGUAUUAAAGGUUCGUACUAGACUGGCAACUUGCCAUCUUUCUGAAAAUCGAUAUGGUAUCCGCUCAAAUGGUCUUGGUUUAUAUGUUUGGCUAGACAUUUUCCUGACUUGGGAUGAUCCGAUUUAUCCUCAUCCAGAACCGAGCAGGAAAAACUCGCCUUGCCAAAUGAAGUUGAUUGAAGAAGUUCAUGCCUGCGUAACAGUUCGAGAUGCUAAGCACACGAAUUUUGUUGAAUUCCGUAACUUCAAAAUUGUUUACCGUCGCUACGCGGGGCUCUACUUCUGUAUCUGUGUCGAUAUUAUGGACAAUAACCUGUAUUAUCUGGAGGCUAUACACAAUUUUGUAGAGGUGGGUUUAGCUUUGACCUUAUUUUUUUGACA